GGUUGCAGUCGCCACAUAAUGAACUUGUAGCUGUUGUUAAUUUGCGUAGGAGUUGUUUUUCCUUCGGCUUUUCUGUUUGAACUUUGAUGAAUGUCUGUGAAAAUAUUUGAAUUAUCAUCGAACUAAGGGAGGAGAAGUGUCGAAGAGGAGCAGAGGAGAUAACUUGAGAGAAAGAGUAUGAGCGCACCAUCCUCAGGUCGGAAGACCCCAGUGGACUAUGGUGUCCAGAUCCGCUUCAUCAAUGACCUCUGUGACACUGGGCAGCCUGGGUCCCAGCCCAAGACCAAGACACAGUCCAAAUACGGCGUGGCAGUCAGGGUGCAGGGUAUCGACGGCCAGCCGUACGUGGUCCUGAAGGACGGAGAGAAAGGAGACUCAUAUGGAGUCCAGCUCAGGACCCACUACCCGUCUGGCUACAGCAGCCUUCCCCGGCGGAGAGAGAGGGCAGAGCCAGGAACACCGGGGGCAGAUGUAGGAGGGGGAAGCGGAGGAGGGCAGGGAGGGGCACUACGCCGGGCCCAGUCCCAUGGGUCUCUGCUGGACAGGGAUGGAGAGGGAGGGGCAGGCAAUGAGGAUUUUCAGCUGUCUAGGCCACCAGGGGAUGGGAAGUCUGGUAGUUACGGGAACCUGGAUGGAGGAUUAGGAGUAAGAGGGGAGAGAGAGCAGCCUCAGCGUGUCAGUGGUAGAGAGGGGGGCAUGGAAAGGAAUAUGUGGCAUGGUUCAUACCAGGAAGGGCUCAACGGGUCACUGGGGUCAGUGAGGAGCAGUCAGUCCUACCCUAACCCUCCUCCACAAACAAGUGGGUUUCACUCUAAUCAGAGGCAAGCUGCUGUCAACAGACUAGUAAACAGGUUUGAUGAUGGUAACACCAGGGCCCAGCAGACAGACCUCCUUCCCCCACAGCAAGACCCCAGAGCUACAUCUCCUGUCCUCACUCAUAACCCCUACACCUCACCUCCGUCCUCAACUCACAGCAGCUUGGGACGCAGCCAGGGCACUGUCACCAAAUUUCCCGGACAGUCUGCUAAUCAGUGGCCUUCACCAGGGAGGCAUGCUGCUGUGGCAACGCCGCAGGCCAAUCUGACUGAGGCACAAGUGACCCCUGACCUUUUGCUGGACCAGGGUCAGAGUGCUGAGAUGAGCAGUGAGGAGGAGCAGGCAAUGCAGAUGAUAUACAACAUCCUGAGGCAAGGAACUAAUGAGAGUGACGUUAUUAUCAAGCACAAAGUCAAGCUCAUCUUUCAGAGGAUCCAGAAUAUCAAGUCUAAAGAAAGCCAGAGGGAAGAAUGGAUGAGAGAAAAGAGGGAGCUUGAGAGAAAGAUGGCUGAACUGCAAACAGCCCUGCGGGAGGAAAGAAGGGACUCUGUUAGCAAUUCUGAUCCUGCUCUGAAAGCUGAGCUGGAAUCCUGUCUGGAUGAAAAUCUGCAGCUCCGGGAGAUGCUGGACCGGAAGAAGACAGAAUUAAAUGAAACACAAUCAGAGCUGACUCAGCUGCGUAUGGACAGGGAGAAUGCAGAGGCACGGGUCAGAGAGAUGGAGGACCAGCUGGCUGAGCUUCAGGAUGAACUAAGAAGAGAAAAUGGCAACAAGACGGACCUGAUGUCUUGUCAGGCACAGCUGAUGGAGGUCUGCCAGCUGAAACACAAACUGGAGGAGACGUUGAGACAGAGAGAGAGGGAGCUGACGGCUCUGAAAGGAGCACUGAAGGAAGAGGUGGCCACACAUGACAAAGAGAUCGAGGUGCUUAGAGAGCAAUACAGCACUGACAUGGAGAAGCUCCGCAGCAGCAUGGAGCAGGUGUCUCAGUCUCACGCAGGGAUCGAAGCAGAGCGGUUGCGUGUCAAUGCAUCAGUUCGCACUCUACAGCAGCAGUUGGAGGACUGUAGGGACGAGAGCAGCCACUGGAUGGAGCAGUUUCAUGCCACCAGAGAUGAACUUAGAACAACUAAACAAGAACUUCUACAAGCUCGCCUGGAAAAAGAGGAGUUUGAGGAGGAGCUGAAGGAGCUCCAGGAGAAAGUGAGCACCAUGAAACAACAGAUACCAGAACCCAGCCAUGCACAGACUCUCAACCAGGAGCUCCAGAGAUGCAAUGCUGAUCUGCAGAAGGCAAAGUCUGAGGUGGAUAAGCACAGGACUGAGUUUGACAAAAAGGUCAUGGAGGUCAUCUCCUUAAAAAAAUCUCACCAGAACCAAGAGGCUGAAUUGAAGUAUGAGAUUGACAGACUAAAGGACCAGUUACAGAGGGCCAAAGAAGACUUUGCCAAGGCGCAGGACAAAAACAAACGGCUCCCUGACCCAGCCACCAUCUCAGAGCUGGAGGAGAAGUUAGGUGAGGCACGUAGUGAAGCCAGUCAGUUCAAAGAGAAACUCUCUUUGGCUGAAGAGGAACUGGAGGCCAGUAAAACACAUCUCAGUAGAGCUCAGAUGGACUUUAAAUUGCUCCAAGACACAGAGCAAGAGCAGAAAGAAGCCAACACCCGUCUCAAAGAGAAACUCUCACGGUUAGAGGCUCAGCUGCAGACCAACGCCACCGAGAGUUCAGAGACAGAGCUCACCCUCCACUCCGAGGUGAGAGGCCUGAGAUCUGAGCUAGACGAGGCCAAGAGAAAAGCCUCCAGGCUGAGCCAGGAGCACCGUGAACUCAGCCUACGCCUGGAGGAUAUAGAGAAAGACAAGGAGGCGCUCAAACAGACCAUCAGCCAGCUGGAAGAUACCAAACGACAGCAGGAGAGAGCUCUGGAGAAAAUCAACAAAGAGUACGAGUCUCUGGCCAUGUCCUCAAGAGAGGAGGUGCAGGCUCUCAGGGUUCAGCUGGAAGAGCAGAGAGAGCGAGCACGCAAGGAAAUGCACGAGGUGCAGCGUCACGGAAACGACGCUCAGACUGAGCUGGAAAGGAGCCAUGUAAAUCUAAGGAGACUGGAGGAAGAGAUGUCACGACAGAAGAAGGAGCUCCUGCUGGUAUGUGAGGAGAGAGACAACCACCAGCUGGAUAAAGAGCUUCUCACCAACAGACUGCGCCACCUUGAGGGAGAGAUGGAGGCCAGCAAAAACAACCUCAAUGAGAAAACCCGAGAGGUUCGCAUCCUGGAGGACAAGCUGAAGCGCAUGGAGUUGGAGCUGGAGGAAGAGAAAAGCAGUGUGGAGAUGCUGACAGACAGGAUGGCCAGGAGUCGAGAUCAGAUCGAUCAGCUCCGCUCUGAGCUCAUGCAGGAGAGGUCCUCCAAACAGGACCUGGAGCUGGACAAGAACGCCAUGGAGAGACAUUUGAAGGAGCUGAGGAGUCGUGUGGCUGACAUGGAGGGCCAGUCUCGCUCUUCAGCAGGAGUCUCUCAGCUGGAGAACAAGAUCCAAGAGCUUGAAGAGCGGCUACGCAGUGAGGAAAGGGAGAAGAACUCUGUGCUGGCGUCUCAACGUCGCCUGGAGAGGAAACUUAAAGAACUCAAUAUGACGCUGGAUGAGGAGAGACAGACACAGACUGAACAGAGAGACCAGCUCACUCUGAGAGUGAAGGCUCUAAAGAGGCAGGUGGAUGAAGGAGAGACAGAGCUGGAACGAAUAGAUGGACUCCGAAGAAAAGCUCAGAGAGACAUGGAGGAACAGAUGGAGCUGAAAGAGGCCUUGCAGGCCAGAGUCACAGCUCUGGAGGCUGAGCUCAAGAGGAAAACUCAGGCAGCAAUGCGCCCAGCUUUGGAUUCAUCAGCCCUUAGCUCAGAUGACGACGACAGCCUUUAUGACCCGUCCACCAUCACCUCCAUCCUCACUGAGAGCAACCUCCAGACCAGCUCCUGCUAGAGCUGCACUGUAAAGACAGGGUGAAGGCAGGGAAAAGUAGCACUGCCAAGGGGAAAAAAUGGAAGGAAGUGUAGGUUUCUGGUUUGUAGAUCAGGAGUUUUGCCAAAAGGCAAAUUGGUAUGCACUACAGACAAUGAGGGAGGGAUACAAGGAUGAGAGGAGAUAAAUGACUUAUUGUAGAGGUUAGUAGGCGAAUCAUUUUCCACACCAGAGUGAAUGGAAGGAAGCAAAACAUCCUCUUCAUUUCAGGGAAUUCACUUCGGUCUACAGUGAGCACAGAUGUUCAGAAGUCCACGGUACAGUUGGAAUGACUCCAUUUCAUGCACAUAGUACACUAGAAAUGCAUCUCAAGCCAUUUUAAGGUGGAAAUUAUUGGGUUAAGCACUUAUGGUACUGUGUUUGGCUUUGACUGAAUAAUGAAUUAUUCUUACAUCAUUUCCUGGAGUAGACAGUUUACGUGUUAUACUUAAGUUUUCUCUGUGACACAGCUGUCAACUGCCUGAGAACAGAACUUAGGUAGAACCACUGAAAAACAUGAACCAGAUGCUGACACUGAGGACAUUAUGAUAACCACAAGUGAUUGAAAACUGCAAGCAAUACAAUAUAACCCUUAUGCUGUUUUUCUGAAAGUUAAGUAACCAGAUAUAAUGGUUUAUAUAUACUGAACAAAAUAUAUAUUAAUGUAUAUUUUUAGCUAUGGAAAAUGUCUGUUCUAUACCUGAAAAUUGUUUGGGACAAGAGUUUACUCCACCUUCCAGUCUUCAGUGUCACACGGUACACAGUGUAGGGAUCUACAUUAUAAAACAUGAUAUGACACUAAUGGCAUCUCAAAUGGAUUUUCUUGGUCAGAGACGCAAAUUCUGCCUCCUCCAUAAAUGUGACAGAAACUUGAUGUUAGUAUAAAAGUUAAGACCAGUUUAAUUGUGACUUCACUCGGUAGGUCAUUAUUGUCUUCCCUUUGAAGGUAUGACAGACUUCAGACCUCUGGUUUUGUGGUUUAUAACUGAGAACAGAGGUCUCUGCUUAGAAAACAACUUUUGUCAGAAUAUGAAGUAUAAAAGUGGUUUUCCACUUUUUAAAGCAAAACAACAGCCAAAAUAUCAUCUCUGUGUGGUAAAAACGUCAAAAGUUUGUUGAAGCUGCACAACUUCUAUGCAUUCCCUUAUUAAGUCACUGAAACAUAUAUAUGUCAUUUCAUUACAAUGCCUUAAAAAUAAUUUGUGUUUGACUUGUUAUUCUUAUCAGAAUGAUUUUUUUGUAAAGUGUUUGUAUUUAACAUUUGUAGAUUUUUUGAGUCUUAAGUUGAUUUUGUAAACAGUCUGAACAAUCAGUUGAAGUUACAGUAUAAUUGUUAUAUUUUGAUGCAAUGUAAUGUGUCUCCCUAUCUUUCCAGUGAAACUGGAAAGUGGUACGUAUAAUUUGUUAGACAGUUGAAUAUAAAUAUGUUGAAUUUAAAAGAUGCUGGUACAUACUGUAAUUGUUGACUGGAAAAUUUCCACACUGUAACUGUUCUUCACAAAAUAGAUCUUUUUUCUAUUGCAUAUAAAUUUAGAAAAAAUAAAACAAUCUAUAUGUA